AUGUUUCUUCUAAAGAAAAUUCUCGAAGUUGAAAAGAAGCCAGACAUUCCAACAGUAUCUCUUGAUGAUCCUAGACUUAAUGAAAUGCCUAAAGUUUCUGUUCAAAGCAUACUUAAUAAUCCAAAUAUUGCGCACCAAAUGCCAAAGCUUUGCUUAUGGUUACAAACACAUCCUAUCGUGAACGAUGCACUAUACUUUCGAUUAAUAGACAAUAGAAUGCUUCCUGGUGAUUUACAGCUCCGAGAUCAACUUAUUCAACUGCAAAUGUAUUUAGCAGUCAAACUUGUGAUGCAAUUCGAAAAAUUCAUUAAUGAGGGAAGUUCUGGUAUCAAGUCUGACAUUCAACAUCCUUGUCCAGAAUUCAAACAGAUUCAGAGAAUACAGGAUAACUGGAGAAUUGUUCUCGCUUUAGAGGAUAUGAUACUGGAACUCAGAAAAUCGAUCUCUCGUAACUGUAUUGACUACACAAAGAAAUUAAAAGAGUCUGUAGCACAUUCAGCAUCUUUACUUGCUUCAAAAGACGUAAUUCCACCGUUUUACAUUCCUAUGGUUGAUUUUUCCAGAUUAGAUCUUGGAAAUGAUAUGAUCGCAUCUCUAGAUCCAAAUAGCAUUCAAUAUGUCACUAGAUUAUCCCUAUGCGAAGCCAAACAGAAGUAUUACAUUAAUGCAAUUAAUGCAUUGAAAUAUAAAUAUACAGAAACUCCAGAAAAUCCUUUAUCAAAUCUUCUCGCUACUUGCUUGGCUGCUGAUGAAGACCAGCAAGCUACAUUAUUCGAAGACUUUUUACAAUGCACAAGGACUAAAAUCCGUGCUGUUUCAGAUUUUUACAACAAUCCGAAUUCAAAUACUUUCAGAAAACUCAUUACAAGUAUUAUCGAGAGAUUUUCUAUUCCUCCUAAGAACUGGCAGCAGAUUCGCAGGCUUUGUGCUGAUGUUGCUGCACCAUUAUGUGCUCCUCUUAUAAGUUUCAAUGGAAAAGGUUGCGAAAACGUUGACUUCGAAAUAUUGGGUAUUCAAGCAGCAGCAUAUUUGAAUCCAUUUGGAAUAAUUCGUAUAUUAGGCUCAGAUCAAGGAAUUACUGCAUUAGAAGGUCUGAAAGCCAUUACACCUGAUUGGAAGAGCGUUGUGAAUUUUGCCUUAGAACUCCUUGACCCAGAUACAUUGGAAACUAACGAUGCAAAAUGUUAUAAUAAUAUGCAGGAUUAUGCAGAUAAUACAGCUCUUAUUUCAUUUUCAUAA